CACCAUUACUCCCACCACCUAAUUGCACUUAAUUAUUUUCCCCUGUUUUUCUCAUUCCUCUGUUUUCUCUCUCCUAAACAUUCUUCAUUUCAACUCUAAUUUUCCUCUCUCUUCAUCAUCAAGUAAGCAAUUUUAUCCAUCCAAUUUUAAAAAAGCGCCGAUUUUUUGGGAUAAUUUUCCAAAAAAAAAAACAAAAAAAAAAAACAGAAAAAGAAGAACAAAUGAAGGAAAUUCAAGGAAACCCACUUCACCUAAAAUCUAUCAAUCACAUCUCUCUUCUUUGUCGUUCAGUUGAAGAAUCCAUUAAUUUUUACCAAGAUGUUCUUGGGUUUUUCCCAAUUCGAAGGCCUGGUUCCUUUGAUUUUGAUGGAGCUUGGCUUUUUGGGUACGGAAUUGGAAUACACUUAUUACAGGCGGCUGAACCAGAGAAAUUGCCUCAAAAAACAGAAAUUAAUCCUAAGGAUAACCAUAUUUCUUUCCAGUGUGAAAGUAUGGGAGCAGUGGAGAAGAAGCUAAGGGAUAUGGGAAUAAAACAUGUACGAGCUAGAGUUGAAGAAGGUGGUAUCUACGUGGAUCAGCUCUUCUUCCACGAUCCAGACGGUUUCAUGAUCGAAAUCUGCGACUGCGACAACCUCCCGGUGAUUCCCCUUGCCGGUGAAAUGGUAAGAUCUUGUUCGCUCGCUAAUUUUGAGCACUUACAGCAAAAACAGAACGUAAGUCCGGUGGUCCAGCAGUAAGGAUAUUAUUUGGUUAAGUACGGGAGGAAAUAAAGAUGUUAAUGUGAACCAUUUUGGUCAAAGUUAUAGGAAAAGAUGUGUAAUGUGUAGUGUGUAAUGUUAUAUGUAUCAAACUAUCAAUGUAAGAGGACAUUAGAUUUCAUUUUCAUACGUUUUGUAUGGGUUUAUGUUAUUUUUUAGGAGCGAUUUCUUCUUCUGCUCCAAAAUCACCACAAAAUCCGCAAUUUUGCAUUAUGAUCAGAUGAAUAUAGUGUUCUGCUGAGCAUGCAACAGCAUUGUUUCUA